AAACAAGAAUAUGUGCUCUGUAAACUAACAGAAGAAGAAGAAUCACCAUCAGGACGUUGACCUGUGUUAAAAGUCCUCACUUUAACACUUAUAGACUGUUGGUGACAUUUAAAGCUGGAAUUUAAAGAUGUCUGAUGCCAAAACAACAGAAACAAAGUCUCAGGAUGGAGAUGGCAAAGCCAGCAGGGUCAUCCGUAUCGGGACGAGGAAAAGCCAGCUCGCUCGUAUUCAGACAGACAGCGUGGCAGAGAAGCUUACAGGCUUGUACCCUGACGUGCACUUCGAAAUCGUGGCCAUGUCGACGAUAGGUGACAAAAUACUUGAUACGGCUCUAUCUAAGAUCGGUGAAAAGAGUCUCUUCACCAAGGAGUUAGAGAACGCUUUGGAAAGAAAAGAGGUUGACCUGGUUGUCCACUCUUUAAAAGACCUGCCCACGAGUCUUCCUCCUGGUUUUACUAUAGGAGCCGUGCUCAAGCGAGAAAACCCGUCUGAUGCUGUAGUUUUGCAUCCCAAAAAUGCUGGAAAAUGUCUUGAUUCGCUACCAAACAAGAGUAUCAUAGGCACGAGUUCCCUUCGCCGGGCCGCGCAGCUAAAGAAGCGGUUUCCUCACCUGGAGUUUAAGGACAUUAGAGGUAAUCUCAACACACGCCUGAAGAAGCUAGACGAGAACUGUGACUUCGCUGCUAUUAUUCUGGCUGCAGCUGGACUGAAGAGGAUGGGCUGGGAAAAAAGAAUCAGCCAGAUCCUCGGUCCGGUUGAUUGCAUGUAUGCAGUUGGACAGGGAGCUCUGGCUGUGGAGGUGAGGACUUGUGAUGAAGACAUCCUGGAGAUGGUGUCAGUGCUGCAAGAUCGGGACACGGUGCUGCGCUGUAUCUCUGAGAGAGCUUUCCUCAAGCGCCUGGAAGGAGGAUGCAGUGUUCCGGUUGCUGUUCACACAGAAAUUAAGGAUUCUCAGUUGUAUCUGACUGGAGCAGUGUACAGUUUAGAUGGCUCGGACAGCCUAAAGGAGACCAUGCAGACCAGCAUUGAGUCUGAGGAUCAGGAGCAGGAGAAGGUUGAUGAGAGAAUGCAGCGUGUGGGAGUCACAGCAAUGAAGGUGUCAGGAGCGGCUCAGGACGCAGCUGAGAAGCUCGGCAUGGACCUCGCCAAUCUGCUGCUGAGUAAAGGAGCCAAAGAGAUUCUGACUGUAGCCAGACAGCUUAAUGAGGCGCGGUAGAUGUGUUGGCUGUUUUCAUUCCAUCGUGCGUCAGUCAAGUGUGAAUGGCGUGUCAAACACAAACAGUCUUUAUUAUAUCUAUACAUUGGCAUGCUGUUAGAGGAAAAUAAUCAACAAUGGGGUGGUGUGAAGCAGGGUUACUGCUACCUAGCUGAAGCUGAUUAUUUAUUUAUCGGCAGCAUUUCCGAAAGGUUUUUAUUCCUCUUGUACAACAGCAAUUUGACAACACUGAUAAAUUUUAUAUUUAUUAAAGAACGACACUUCAUGCUUUUUGUCCGUUAAUAGUUACAUGUAAUAUAUAAUAAUAAUAAAUUUAAGUGGAACGCCACUUUCUUACAGUAAAGCCGUCUGUUACAGAUGUUCCCUCACCCUCCACUGUGUUCCACUCUUUUAAAGGUAAUAAAACCAUGUCUGAAGUUGCCAAGAAACCACAAUAUCCUCCCUUGUUUCCUGUGUUCUAAAAAACUUUCAUUUACAGCUUUACACUUAAGUUUUACAGCUUUGUUACUGUUACAAAUACUCGCUUACUCUGGAAACCCGUGAAUUCCAAAUGAACAUCAUAAAGAAACUCAUCAUAUCAACAACUACACCUGACAGUUUUUAAAUUAAAGUCCCGGUCUGAUUUGUUGCUAUAGAAACGAUAACUUGUUUGAAUGAGAGCAUUCGUAUAAACCAUGUGAUUUAGAUCACUGGACUACUGUCAGAGCUGCGUAAUCCACAAUAUGAGAUUUAUACAAAAAUAUUAAAAACAUAAACAUGGAAUCGUUCAUUGAGAAAAAUUCACAGACCUUCAAGUAAAGCUGCUUUGUUUAAGUGAUAAUCAUUUUGAUGUCUCAGUGUACUUGAUAACAAAGACGGAUGGAUGACUUUCAUUUUACUUUCCCUCUUCCGGACAGUCAAACACUUUAUUUUCUAUUUAUAUUCAUUUUUCUUCAUCCGAUUUUGAUUGUACAUGAGCUUAUUAUUCGAUAGACCUGUUGCUUAAUAUUAUUAGAAGUUGAAAUUUGGUUUCUAAAACAAUUCCUGUUCUGUUUUUCAAAUAUUUUAUGGAAGCAGCUGUGAAAAUGAAACUUGAAUUACUAGGGAACCUCGUGUUUUUUUAGUAUUUUUAUUUUUCCCCAGUAUUUUUGCCUUCACAUAUGAAACUCUCGGGAGAUGUUACUUCCUGUUAGUGAAUGUAUUAUUACUGCUUAAUGCUUGUGUGAUCAUGUCUUCUCAUACUUACAGCCAAAUAUAAAAAUACAACUAUUUGAUAAAUAUAAUCAACUUGCUGUUGUUUUAUUAUUGUAUCGUUUUAAUUGAUUUAUUUUUGUUCAUUGUCAAUUUAUUCUUUAAUCUUCAUUUGGCUUGUUGUGUUUAUUGCUACAUUCCAGAGAACUAUUUUACUAAAGUUUAAUAAAACUUUCCCGAUAUUUGAUAAAGUGUGAUAAGGAAAUUCAUGAUACAGUUGAGUGUCACAUUUAUAC